CCUGUACAUUGGCCAUCAUGCCCCUUCUGGAGCUCGUUCAGGAGCUCCCUGGACAUUCUGAACCAGCAUGGCAAGUUGCAUUUAACCCUUCUCGGCCACUACUGGCCAGUUGCUCGACAGAUAAGACUGUUCGCCUUUAUUCGUUCGAUGAUCGCUCAUUCUCCGACUCGUUGCCCGCUUCCGAUGAUCCCAAACCAACUUUUUCACUCCUCUCGGCCAUCGAAACUGAGCACAAACGGACGAUACGGAGUGUCGCUUGGGGUCCAGAUGGUAGGACACUAGCCACCGGAAGCUUUGAUUCAUCCGUUGGGAUCUGGGAAGAGGUGGACUCUGAUGCGCCGGAAGAUGAUUCAGAGGGAGUUUUCAAACCUUCUACAGAGAUAGGAGGCGAGAAAGUGGUUAGCGGGGCUGGAGAAUGGGAAUGCGUGACGACACUCGAGGGACACGAGAGCGAAUGCAAGUCGGUGGCUUUCAGCUCUGAUGGCGCUCUCUUGGCAAGCUGCAGCCGGGAUAAGAGUGUUUGGGUCUGGGAAGUCCAACCUGAUGCGGAUUUUGAAUGCAUAGCAGUGAUGAUGGAACACACGCAGGACGUCAAAUGCCUAGCUUGGCACCCGAAGGAAGAGGUGCUCGCUUCUGCGUCUUACGACUCGCACAUCCAUUUGAUGUUUGAUGAUCCCGAUGGCGAUUGGUGUAUAUUCCAGAAACUACACCCCAAACUCCCUUCAGCUCGUACUCAAUCCAGCUUACCAGAGCUCUCACCGACGGCAGAUGAGAAGGCGAUAGAGAGUCUGAAUAUUCCGCCCUUGGAAGAGGAUGAAACCGUCUGGUGUCUCGCUUGGAGCCCUUGUGGACGAUACCUAGCCAGUGGAGGCGACAGGGGAGGUAUCAGAAUAUGGAGGAGAAAGGGCAAUCAACCGGACAGUCUGUUCGAAGAGAUACUCCAUACCGCUGCUCAUUCCCGAUCUGUGUUCUCGCUUUCGUGGCGCAAAGGUGGAUACCUCGCCUCGGCCGGAGGUGACGGCAAGAUCAUAGUUUGGAAGACGGACGUUAUUGAAGACGGGGAUGGGCCAGUCGCUCCGCGCUUAUCUAUGAACCCCGUGGCCGCCGUGAGGGAGGCUCACAGUGUAGACGAUGUGAAUAGUCUGAGCUGGUGUAGUAGAGAAGAAGGCAGGGGAUUCUUGCUGGCGAGCUGCGGGGAUGACGGUGGGGUAAAGGUCUGGAGACUGGUCAGAGAUUGAGCUUGUACCAGAGUAUCAUUCAGCAUUUGCAUUCACACACAUAUACACUGGGAAGGAUACACUCUGCC